AUGCCCGCCCAGCCGUACAUGUACAAUCCGCCCCAGCGGUGGUCCGCCACCUCUGACACCCUCUACGGCUUCGAUCCCAAGGCCGUCACCAAGGCGAGCCGCGUGCCUCCGAAGAGCCCGCCGAAGCAGCAGGACGGCCCGCUGGUCGAUUUCAACCGGCAUCCCGACAGCUAUGCUGCCUUGUCUAGUAGCAAGAGCAAUGUGAAGCCAAUGAGCCCGAGGGUCAAGGUCGCCAUCAAGUCGGUGCGCUGGGUGCAGUUCGGCUUCCGGAUACUCCAGUUGAUCGGCGCGCUCGGUCUUCUCGUCUGCGUCAUUUGCAUCAAGGGCACUCAGGUCACCGAGGGUUGGAUCAUCAGGGUCCCAGCUGCUGUCGACAUCGUCUGUGAUCUUUACGCAAUCUACCACCUUGUCCGCCCUGCCAAGAGUCGCGCUCCUUCCAGCUCUGCCAGCUACCAUUUCUUCUCCCUCAUCAUCGACACCGGCCUGAUUCCCUUCUAUGUCUUUACCGCCCUGCUUGCCAACAGCAACUGGCAAGAUGCUCCGGGUACCGAUGGACGCUGGCGCACCUUCUUUAACGCCGAUGCUGCUACCUCCAGCAUCCUGCUCACGACCUGGCUGACUUCCGUGACUGUCGGAGGACUGCAUCUGAUCUCGAUGGGUCUUGGACUCUACCUUGUCCUGAUCUUCCGCAAGAUCGGAAAACUUCCACCUGACAUGAACCCGCUUGAGGACAACCUGACCUCGCGCAGGAGCACUAGGCAUAAGCACAAGACCUCGUCCCUGUCCAACAUUACCAUACCCCCGGAGAAGCGCUUUAGCGAUCUGUCGGGUAGCACCGCCAUGUCCAGCCCCACCAGGUCUUCUUAUGGUCAGGAAGAUCCUCUGAUUCCCGACGUUCGGACCAUGCCGUUUAUGGAUUCACGGAGAAAUUCCAACGUGCCCUACAAUCCUCACAACCCUCAAUCAGCCCGUGAGUCGCGUGUGUUCGUGCAUGGUCGGAACGACAGCAUGGUCCCGGCCAAACUCGACCUGAAGAACCUUCCUAAGAUGUCUCCGGGGGGCUACGAUUCCAUGUCACCCAGCUCUUCUCCCGGCAGGUCGCCCGUCCGUUCCGAGAAGUCCAAGAAGCGCCAGUCUCUGAAGAACGACAACUGGUUCGUCCAUGCAGAAGGCGAAGACUUCUCCGCCUCAGAUGAGGAGGAGGAAGUGACGGCUAAGAAACCACUGGUCCGGCGUUACUCGUUCGAAGCCGAUGAUGACGGCGCCGUCGCCACCACCACCGUGUAUGCGGACAUAGUUAACCACCAGGGCCCGCUCUCCCCGCUCUCUGACGGCGAAAACACCGGCCACCUGCGCCCGCAACCGCUCCGCAUGAACCCUCCCUCGCCGCAGCCGAUCGCGGACCACAACGCCAAGAGAGCCUCCAUGCCCCCGCCCAUGCCCUCCUUCCAAUCCGAAAUCGGCUCCAUCUCGUCCGAACGCUCCUCUGACAUCGGCCGCGCCAUGACCAUCAACUCGACCGUCACCCGCACCACGGACGCCUGGGGAUACUUCCCAACCCACGGCCACCACGGCCACGGCCACGGCCCCGGUAGCCACCACAACGGCAGCGACAUCGGCGGCGACAUCAUCGGCGGCGGCGCCGGCGGCGCCCGCAGCACCGUCGCCGAGCCCGCCGGCACCCACUCCAACUUCUCGCCCUCGCGCAGCCCCACGCGCAAGACGCGCUACUACGGCGACCUGCGCGACGCCCAACAAAGCAUCUUGGGCGGCGGCGCCGGCGGCGCAAACAAGCCCCGCGGCAUGUUCUUGCAACAAAAGCAGCAGCAACCGCAGCCGCAUCAUCCUCAUCCCCAUCAUCCGAACCAGCUCCUCAACCUCCCCGCCAACGCCGGCGGCGGCACCACCAGGCGCUCCAUGGGCCGCAGCCCCGAGCGCCCCGCGUACGCGCGCGUCGAGAGCAGCCCGCGCGUCGUGAGCAGGAGCGGCGUCGACGUCGAGGUCGUGGACGGCGAUUUGGGCGACGUGAAGAGGGGGGGUGCUGGUGCUGCUGGAGCGGCGUUGGCGGGAGGCGGCCGCAGGCUGAGGGUCGUGAGCGGCAAGGCGGCCGAGGAGGGGCUGGCGGGGAAUUGGGAGCGCGAGGGGAUGACGAGGAGGAAGAUUAAUUUACUGGUCUUCAGGAAGAUCAGCCAUGCUAGCGGAUUCCCGGGCUCAGAUGACAGUGAUAGUGAUGUUGUGGUGCAGGAGGUGAUACGUCACCAUGCCAUCCUCAGCACCGCCGCAGCCUCAUUCUCAACUCUCGACAGCUAUCCCAUCAAGGCACAGCCAAAGCACAUGCAACAAACCUCCCGCAGCCUCUCUCAGAACCCGCAGCCAUAUCCGACCCGCGGCAGACGAGCACUCACUCUGCAACUUACACAGGACACCAUGACGCGAAGGACAAAAAAGCUGGUGCUGGGGCCGCCACCGAUACCGCGCGAGUGGUCGCUUCACAGCAACGAGGAGAUGGAGGUCGAGGGAUUUAGAAUCAAGGGCACGGCACAGCAGGUCAGAGGCGGAGGCGGAGGCGGCCCCGGCGGAGAAAACGCGGCCCCGGCGCGACGCCAACCAGGGCGCCGAGGAGCCGCCAGCGAUCGCUCCGCGCCUCGUCCGGUCCAGUGCAAUCCGAACCUCGUCGCGCUGGGUGCGCCCUCCAAGCUCGACCGGUGCAAUCCACGCAACCACAAAUCGUCGAGUGCUGCUGAGCCGCGCCGCGACGAAGCCUGCGACGACGCCUGCGACGACGGGCCAAGGCUAGCCAGCCUGCGAUAUCUGACGCCCUACGGCCAGCCGACGCCGCUGAGCGACGAGGACGAGACCACCAUGGCGCCUGCUCCCGCGCCGCUGACGGCCCCCAACGGCCACCCGGGGCCGCAUCCCUCCUUCAUCGAGGUCGCGAAGCCCUACGUCUUCCAGCAAAGGGUCGAGCAAUUCCUCGCCGCCAUCGGCAUGCCCGAGGCCAAGGAGGACAGCAUCCGCCUGCAAGGUGUGCAACUCAUCGACAACGUCAGGAAAUCAUUGCAACUGCCCGUCCGCACAUUCAAUACAGCAUGUGUUUACUACCACAAAUUCCGUCUGAUCCACUCAGACAACGAAUACAACAUCGUCGAAGCUGCACUGGCUGCACUCUUCACAGCCUGCAAGAUCGAGGACACGCUCAAAAAGUCCAAGGAAAUCAUCUGUGCCUCGUUCAACCUGAAGCUAUCCCCAGCAGACCAGCUCUCCCCCGACGACCCGCGCCUCCAGCAACUGGAGCAGCCCUCCAAGGUCAUCAUAGGCCUCGAGCGGCUGAUGCUCGAAGGCGCCGGCUUCGACUUCCGCAGCCGCCAGCCGCAGAAGUUGGUCAUCAAGCUGGCGCGCUGGUGCGCCUUCGCCAAGGACCGUGUCGGCAAAACCGCCUACAACAUGUCGCUCGACCUGUACCGCACCUUCGCACCGCUCAAGCAGACGACGGCCGCAAUGGCCCUGGCCUGCGUCGAGCUGGCCGCCCGCCUGUGCGAUGCCCGCCUGGAGCGCGUUCAGGCUCUCGAAUACGCGCGGUGGAAGGUUUCGAGAGCAGAGGUCAUGGAAACCAUGCUCGACCUCCUCGACCUCUACACCCACCACCGCAACACCAGCCUCAUCGGCCCCCACCACCCGCUCGACACCUACAUCAACGUACGCAUCGCGCUCAACGUAGAAUCCAAGGACGCCCAUCUGCCCCGCUACACACAAUACGCCACCAGCACCCCCACCCCAUCAACCGCCACUACGACCGCCGUCGGCACCCCUACCACCACGACCACCAACACCACCCUCCCACCCAAGCCCGUCACCACAGCCGCACCCGCACCCUCACACACGCCCAACGGCCUCCCCCCGAAACCAGGCACCGCCACCACAACCCCAACACCCGCAACCGCACCAGGCAGCACCAUCGCAAACGGCACAACACUCCACCACCUCCCGCCCACCGCACCACAACAGCAACAGCCACAACAGCCACCCACAACAGCAACAACAUCGGCCGUCACCCUCCCCAUCUCAGCCAUCGGGACAAGAGGCGUCGGGGGGACGGUGCGCUUCAUGCUGGACCCAGCGCGCGUGCAGGGCGAGAAGAGGGAGGUGCAGCGGUACUUUGUCGACGAGGAGGAAGAGUACGAGGUUGAAGUCGAAGUGGCCGGCGGCGGCGCUGGGAAUAGCGAUGCAGGUGGGGUUGAGAGGGAGAGGGAGAGGGAUAAGGGCAGGGAGAGGGAUAGAGACAACAGGGAUAGAGACAAUAGGGACAAUAGGGACAGGGAGAGAGAAAGAGAUAGGGACAGGGAUAGGGAGCGGGAUAGAGAUAGAGAGCGGGACCUGAGGGAUAGGGAGAGGGAGAGGGACCGGGGGAGGGGACGGAGGUGA